UAAACUCACAGAAGACUACUUGGACUUGACUCGUGUUUGUUUCAUUCCCACAUUGUUUACUUGGUGGUUAGUGCAGAAAAGAAAGGACACUUCAGAUACUGUGCACUUGGUGGAACUGUCAACUUGCGAAUCUUACAUCCCUGCAGGCUGCAGUAGAAACAUACUAUUAUUGGCACAUAUUGCUGCUGUUUGACUGGUCCGAGAAACAGUGAAGAUGGGAACAGCUCUGCUAUAUGAUGAGGAGAUGACCAAAUACAAACUGCUCUGGGUUGACCCUGCCUGUAAGAUAGAGGUACCUGAGCGUCUGACAGUGAGUCAUGAGGCUUUGAUCAAGACCGGUCUUGCUGAUCGUUGUGUCUCUGUCCCUGUCCGUGAGGCGACGGAUGCAGACAUCCUGCUGGUUCACAGUGAAGAGUACUUGGAGGCAGUGAAGAAGACCCCGUAUAUGACUCUAGAGGACCUGAUGGAGUUCACCUCGCACUAUGGUGACGUCUACUUCCACCCUAACAUCUAUCACUGUGCCAAGCUGGCUGCAGGCGCCACACUGCAACUGGUGGACAGCGUUAUGACGGGGAAGGUGAGGAACGGCAUGGCUCUGGUCAGACCACCAGGACACCACAGUAUGCGCAGUGCUGCCAAUGGAUUCUGUGUUUUCAAUAAUGUGGCUAUAGCAGCACAAUAUGCCAAGCAAAAAUAUGGGGUUAAAAGGGUGUUGAUAGUUGACUGGGAUGUACAUCAUGGUCAAGGGGUGCAAUAUGCUUUUGAAGAUGAUCCAAGUGUGCUCUACUUCUCUUGGCACCGCUACGAGCAUCAGAAAUUCUGGCCUAAUCUUAGAGACUCAGACUAUGACAUUGUUGGCAAAGAGAAAGGGGCUGGAUUCACUAUGAAUGUACCAUGGAACACAGUAGGAAUGAAGAACAGUGAUUAUCUUUCAGUCUUCUGUCACGUCCUUCUGCCAGUUGCAUACGAGUUUUGCCCAGACCUGGUCCUGGUGUGUGCAGGCUUUGACUCAGCAAUUGGUGACCCAGAGGGUAAAAUGUGUGCCAGCCCGGACAUUUUUGCCCACCUCACUCACCUCCUGAUGAACCUCGCCGGAGGGAAACUGUGUGCUGUGCUGGAGGGAGGAUACAACUUGACUUCCCUCCACCAGUCUGUGUGUCAAACAGUUCAGACUUUGCUGGGAGAUCCUGCUCCUCGACCUGCAAACCUUGAUGGUCCCAGUACAAGUGCACUGGAGUCCCUUCAUUGUGUCCGAUCAGCUCACAAGCAGUACUGGUCCUGCCUCAAACAUGCAGCGGAGCUUCCCACCUCUGAAGUCAGCACAAAGCGCAUUAAAUUAGCAGAAGAAGAUCAAAGCCUGGAUAAGGGAGAAGAAGAGGAAAGCGCAGAGGAAGAAGUGUGGCCAGAGCCUCCAAAACGUGUUGCUCCUCCUGUUCGCACUGCUUUAAUCCUCCCUAAUGAUGUGGCCUGCCCGGACAGAUGUCAACGCUUCAGCUCAUCAGAGGACACAAACAUAGUCAACAAACUCAGGGAGAAAUUCCUAAAAGAUUCAGCUGACAAUGAUGCUCUCACUGCCCUCUCCAGUCUUAUCGCCCUGGUAGAGAAAAUGGAGAAGAAUGAGAUCUGCAAUGGCUUGGCGCUGGUCCGUGAUGUCUCCAUGGCAAUGAUGUGUGUUGUCCAGCAUGCUGCAACUGCUCUCAACAGCCGGGUUUUGGUUGUGUGUGUUGGAGACAUGGUGGUCCCCGGGCACAGCACAGAGGAUGGGAAAACACUUGUGGUGCAGUUCAGCAACAAGGAGGCAGAAGAUCAGAAAUGCAAAUAUCACAUUCCUGUGUGUCUGAAGAAGGGCUCCGGUGACGUAUCGGGGUUCAUGCAGGCUGUGUUGAGCCUCCUUCUGCCUCUGGGAUACGAGUAUGACCCCAGUCUGGUUCUUUUGGCUCGGACGGCAGAUAGCGGGAUGUGUGAUGGUGUGUGGCAACAACUAACAGGCCUCCUGCAGAGCCUAGCACAGGGAAACACACUGGUGCUCCUGCAGGAAGGUGAGAGUGGAUGUGUCGACGCCACGGCCUCCUCUCUCCUCGGGGAGGCGGCCCGUCCUCUCGGGCAGCUCCCUGCUCCUCCACCAGGGGACAUGGAGACGCUGGAGAGACUGAGACAGAGACUGCAGGCAGACUGGAAGUUACUGCAGACUACAGCACCAGAUACUGGAGGAAGUGAUGAGCACUGAAGCUGAUCCUGUCCUGGUUGUGUUUACAAAUCAGUUGUAGCAUGCCAAUAAAAGUUCUUGAUAACAUCUUGAAUUUGUAACCAGGUUUUAUUGUUUUAUUCUGUAAACUGAGUUGUUAUCAUUCCAACCUGGUCUCACAGGAAUCCGUGAAAUAGCCACGGAUUUGCUUAACUCA